GAUUAAUGACAGUAAAGUUGACAAUUGUAUUAUAUUAUAUUAGUUGUAUUAAGUAAAUUUAGGUUUAUUUGAAUAAAUUACACAUAUAUUCAGCUUAUAAAAGAGAUGUCAAAUAACAUCAUCUCUUUUUUAGAGAUGGCAAGCUGAACAAAGUUGUUAACACAAGACUAACAACACAUAACACAACAUUCAUAACAUGUCACUAGUAAAUCCUAAAUGGAAGCUGAUGGCAGCAUCAACACUGAUAGGCCUAUUGUGUUGUCUCUGUUGCUCCCCGCUGGUGUAUGAUGAAACACUGUGGAGAAAAUAUUCAGUGUCUUGCAUUUUAAUAGGGAUGCACAGUGUUGCUUUACUUUCAUAUCACUCUGAAAUCUGACAUUUUUAAUGUUCUGCUGCAAAAGUAUUAAAAAAAACGUUCUAAUUGGAAAUUCUAUUUUUUCUCAUGAAAAAUGAGAAGGGAAAAAGUUAGUUGUAAGGUCUCUUAAUUUGUAUUGAUAUGUUUGUCAUUAACAAAGGCAGUUAUUUAUGCAGAGUGAUGUUUUACUCUCUUUCUUUGUGUGUGAAAGUUCCUUUUUAACCUGCACUGACUCCUCCUCGUCUGCCCCACCACUGAAUAGAGCCUUUGUGGGGGCUUUGCAGCAUUCCACGGGAAUUCUUGCAGGUUAGGGUACGCAAACUAUUUCACACUGAAAUGACUGCUGCAGGUUAACAUUUACAGCUAGUGUUAGGGGUGUCCAGUGCUGAGCUAACAUUACCUAGCUAACAAGGACUUGCUGCAACUUCCAGGGUGUGAUAACAAGAGCAGACACAGUGGAAAGGAAGGAUCCCAUUGUUUCUAUCCAGCAUGUUGCAGACAGUCAGUGAGUGGCUGUGGUGGGAGUGUCUGUGGCUGCCAGCAAAUGUCUCCUGGUCCAAUCUGGAGGACAGUGAUGGCCGUGUCUAUGCUAAAGCCUCUCAUCUCUACACUGCUCUGCCCUGCGCCCUUGGCCUGCUCCUCGUCAGAUACUUGUUUGAAAGGUUCCUGGCCACACCACUGGCUAAUGUUUGGGGAGUCAGGAACAGUGUACGUCUCACAGCAGAACCAAGCCCCAUCCUAGAAAACUACUUCUGCAGCCAAGCACGGGCUCCAUCACAGGCUGAUGUGAGGUAUUUGUGUAAGAAGACCAGCUGGCCAGAAAAGAGAGUUCAAGUGUGGUUCAAGAGGAGGAGGAAUCAGGAGCGUCCAGGGCUUCGCAAGAGGUUCUGCGAGGCCAGUUGGAGAUGUGUGUUUUAUUUCUUUGCAUUUGCCUGUGGAGUCCUAGCUCUCUAUGAUAAACCUUGGCUUUAUAAUAUGAAGGAGGUUUGGGCAGGCUUCCCUAAACAGUCCAUGCUGCCAUCUCAGUACUGGUAUUAUCUCUUGGAAAUGGGCUUCUACCUUUCUCUGCUCCUCAGCCUCACAUUUGAUGUAAAACGGAAGGACUUCAAAGAGCAGGUGAUUCAUCACAUAGCCACACUGACUCUUCUAAGUUUCUCCUGGAUUUCAAACUACAUCCGUAUCGGAACCCUUGUGAUGGCAGUCCAUGACUCCGCUGACAUACUGCUAGAGGGUGCAAAGGUAUUCAACUACGCAAAGUGGCACCAGACUGCUAAAGUCAUGUUUGUGGUGUUUACAGUUCUCUUUAUGGUGACAAGACUUGUCAUUUUUCCUUUCUGGUUGAUUCACUGUACAUGGGUGUACCCAGUGGAGAAGUUUGCUCCCUUCUUUGGCUACUACUUCUUCAAUGUGAUGUUAUUGGUUCUUCAGAUGCUCCACCUCUACUGGGCUGUUCUUAUAUCACGAAUGGUUUGCAAGGUUAUCUUCAGCAAGCUGGAAGGCGACGACCGGAGCGAUGAAGAGGAAAAUGACAGUGACUCACCAGAGGAAGGUUACCACAAAUGGAGUCAAACAAACAGCUCUGGAGCCAGAGGAAGGGCCAGUGGCCACUGACACAUAGACAGAAACAGAGACACAGUAACACAUUCAGCCUCAAUUUCUGAAUCUCAUUACAUUAAAAAAAAAAAAAAAAAAAAA